CUUAUCAUAUGUCAUGUCAAAACAAGGUUAACCAGUUUAUCAUUAAAAAUUUAAAAUAUCAACCUUCACAGCUUUCUGCUUGUUAUUUUGUCCCUCUCUACUUGUGGAAAUAGGGAUUAUGGUUAUUAAAAGUAUAAAAUAAGUUAUCAUUGUAUUGUUCACUUUUAUCAGAAAUGGUUAUUUAGUGUAACGAUUUUGUCAAACGCUGUUGUUUAAUUUUUUAAUUUUUUUGUUUUAAAAUUCUAAAUUGCAUACAAUGACAUCUACAAGUGAACUUGAAAGUAUAGAUACUUUAGUAUCGCGUUCUUUAUCAGAUUCCGAUUUAGAAGAGUUCAACAGAAUUUAUUACGGCAGAAAAGAUAAGCAUUCACUAGCAAUCAAAACGGAAAACAUCGAAUAUGCUGAAAAAAACAAUUUUGAAAUUGCUGCAUACGAUUUUCCAGCUCAAAAAGAAGAAUGCAGAAGUCCACGUAUUGUUCGAGUGGGUAUAAUUCAAAAUUCGAUUGCAACUCCUACUGAUAAACCUAUCAACGAACAAAGACAAGGGAUUUUUAAUAAAAUUCGUAAUAUAAUAGACACUGCGGCUGCUGAGGGUGUUAACAUUGUAUGCUUGCAGGAGGCCUGGGGUAUGCCUUUCUUUUUUUGUACUAGAGAAAAGCUACCGUGGUGUGAAUUCGCAGAAUCUGCCACUGAAGGUGAGAGUGUACAAUUUCUGAAAUCAUUGGCUGUAAAACAUGGAAUGGUAAUAGUAUCACCAAUCUUGGAAAGAGAUGAUGCUCAUGGAGAUACAAUAUGGAACACAGCUAUUGUUAUAGAUGAGUGUGGUAAAGUUAUAGGAAAACAUAGGAAAAACCAUAUACCGAGAGUAGGUGACUUCAAUGAAUCAACAUAUUACUUGGAAGGUAAUUCUGGUCAUCCUGUGUUUGGAACCAAAUUUGGUAAAAUUGCUAUAAAUAUUUGUUACGGAAGACAUCAUCCAUUGAAUUGGUUAAUGUUUGGUUUGAAUGGUGCAGAAAUAGUUUUUAACCCAUCUGCAACCGUUUCUGGCCUCAGUGAGCAUUUGUGGGGUGUGGAAGCUCGCAAUGCUGCUAUUGCAAACAGCUACUUUACUUGUGCAAUCAACAGAGUGGGCACAGAGAAGUUCCCUAAUGAGUUCACUUCUGGGGACGGGAAACCAGCUCAUAAAGAUUUUGGUCACUUUUAUGGCUCCAGCUAUGUAACUGCGCCUGAUGGAAGCAGAACUCCAGGUCUAUCCAGGAUUAAAGAUGGAUUACUGAUUGCACAAUUAGACUUGAAUUUGUGCAGGCAAAUAAAAGAUAAAUGGGGUUUCACAAUGACUCAAAGAUUAGAUUUGUAUGCAAAUAGCUUAUCAACGAAAAACUUUGAUCAAAUGAAAAUGCAACAACAAAAAUUUGGUCCAAAUGUGUCAACAAGAAAUAUGUUACCUUAAAAUCCUUAUCAAGUUUUUAAAUAGUUAUUGAAUUGUUUUGUAUUUUUAGUAAUGAUUAUUUUUCAAGAAAUAUAUUGUUUUCUUGGUAUCAAUAAAAAGUUAAGAUUGUUCAAAAUACUAAGUAAAUACCACAGUAAAUACCUAUAUAGAAAAUAUUUUUUAUAGCUUAACAGUGUAUCAUAUCUUUAAGUCCUAAUCAUAUUUUUAUAUUGUUGUAUUUUACUAUAUUUAAAAAAAAAAAUUUUUAAUAAAUCUAUAUUUUACUGUUUA